ACAAUGAGUCUCAUCGCAACUCUAUUGUUCUGUGUUUACCUGACUUUUUUGAAGCAGACACUACAAUUGAGCUGCUCUUCUGAACCAAACUGCCGAUGUUAUUUUUAUAGAGGAAUGCUAAUCGCUGAUUGUAACUCACUAAACCUAACUCAUUCUCCAAGAUUCUACCUGAAUAUUAGAUGGAUCUUACUUUAUAACAAUCGUCUUACAGAAAUACCUACUGACAUGCCGCAAGAGAUCGUGAAGCUAGAUAUAAGCGAUAACAAUAUUCGAAAUCCAAAAAAGGUCGUUCUUUCAAGAUACAGGCAUCUACAAUGGCUAAAUAUUGGAUAUAAUUGUCUUUGGGCAGGACAUAGAGAGUGGCCGUCACGCUUUUUUGAGAACCUGAAAAAACUCGAUACCUUACUCAUGAAUGAUAAAUGUUUUGAAAUCCCCGACAGUAGGCUCAAGGAAAUGAAGUACUCCAAUGGGAGCUUUUACGGACUUUCGUCACUAAGGCAUAUCGAAAUGAAUGGAUUAGGUGGCCAUAACUUCGUGGACGCAUUUGAAAAAAAUAAUUCGGUCGAAGUUCUUGUGCUUUCGAUACAGAGUGGUCGUUGUUUUCUGAAAAGCAUCGAGAAUGACACGUUCUAUGUAUUCAAACAAUUGAAAAAACUUACAUUAUUAAACUGUGAAAUCAAGUACAUAGAGAAAGGAGCCUUUAGACACUUAUAUAAUCUUGUAUAUCUAGAUGUUUCAGAAAACCGAGACCUAACGUUAUCUGUAUUGCCCAAUAUUACUUAUGAUCUGCAAUAUACCAAAAUUCAUACAUUUACUGCAAAUAGUCUUCAUUGUAAGAAUGGACUUUCGCUGAUAUUAAGAAUAAGCCAUAUAGAAUAUCUCAGGAAUACUCUCUUAAGAGAGUUGUCGUUGGGAGAUAAUAGAAUUGGGAUCAUUGAGCAUCGACUAACUGAGUACCUUCCCAAGUCAUUGACUUACAUCAAUAUUAAAAAUAACCCGCUGAUUUACGGGGAAUAUAUAUUUGAAGGAGACUUUCUUUCAAAUCUAGAAAGGUUAGACAGUGACCGCACAAACAAGGAAACUUUUCAUGAACUUGGCUGUAAUUAUAAUUCUAACAGUUGUAACAAAGAGAAAGAAAUUACUGUUGAGGAAACGGAAUAUAAAGAGUCACCACCUUUUAAUUUUUAUCAAUUACCCCCUAAGCUAAAAUCACUAAGCAUUGCUAAUCAGAAAAUAUUUCUCCCUUUGAUUGACAACGCUUAUGGCUUCAGAUCGAAGAAUUCAUUAAAACAUUUGCAUGUUCAAGGAAAUCUAAUAUAUGACAUACAAUAUUUUAGUGGUCUUUGGCGUCUGGAAUACGUUGAUCUCUCGAACAACUUUUGCUUCAACAUUACCAAACAGUCAUUUAGAAAUAUGAGUAAUUUGUUAUUCCUGAACUUAUCAAGAAAUCUUUUAGGAAAGGAAUUAAAACGUCAGUCCGCAGAACAUGUCUUUGAUCACCUCCAUGGUUUGAAGGUGCUGGAUCUGUCCUACAACUGGAUAAAUCUUUUGUAUAAAGAUGUGUUUGUUUCCAUGUCAAAUAUUGAGCACCUAAACUUAAGUAAUAACGAAAUAGGAAGUGUCACUUUUGAUCUGUCUGCUGCAUUAAAAUUGCGUAGCAUAGAUUUGUCUUCCAAUAAAAUUGUGAUGUUGGACUCAAAAGCAAUGGACUUUUUAGAUGCUUUGAGGGAGAAACAACUCUCUAUCCAGAUGUCAAACAACCCUUUGCAGUGUACAUGUCAAAGUUUGAAGUUCCUCAAAUGGAUGAAAGCAUCGUUAAAUAAACACUUUGUUGGCAGAGACGAUUACACUUGCACAUUCACAGAUGGAAAAAAGAUUGAACUUGCGCCACUUAGACCAGAUAAUUACUUCUUUAGAGCGUCAAUGUACGUCAUUUACAACAACUAUAGUCAUAAUAACCAUUAUUUUACUGGUCACAAUCAUUCUUAUAUCAUUUGCAAUAACGUAUAGGUAUAGAUGGAAACUGCGAUACUUGUAUUACGCUGGUAAGAGAAGUUAUAGAGGAUAUUCAAGGAUUUUGGACUCUGGAAGAGAGUAUCAGUUUGAUGCGUUUAUUUCGUACGCUGAAAGUGAAAGGAUCAAGUUCAUACCAAACCUUUUGAAGCUUGAAAGAGAAAAUGAUUUUAAAUUCUGCAUACACAGUCGUGACUUUAUAAUUGGUGUUAAUAUAGCAGAAAACAUUACCAAUGCUAUUCACAACAGCAAGCGUACUGUCUGUUUUCUGAGUAAAGCUUUCUUACAAUCUGAAUUUUGUACAUAUGAGGCUCAAAUGGCUCGAAUGGAGAGUAUCUAUAGAGGAGGGGAGACAACUUUGUUCAAUGUUCUUGUGGACAAAGAUCUUGGAGCUGUCUUGCCGCAAUUUCUGAAGGACGUAAUCAGAGAACAGACAUAUCUGGAAUAUGAUAAGGAAGUUCCAGAGGAGUUCUGGAAUGCUAUAACUCAGGCAUUAAGAGAAAUAUAGAAUGAGGUCUUCAUGCAUAUCGUAAAAAUAGUCAAAAAUUGUCAGACCCUUAGUCAUGCAAAGACACAUUUAAAAAACAA